GGAGGCGGGAGUAGCAGUGGAGGAGGAGGGGUCCAGGUGUGGGUAGAACAGCCGCUGCAGCGGCAGCUGGCAGGGCUGGCGGAGCAGUGUCGAGCGGCGUUUGGGCAUCUCCAGCGGGAGGUGUCGCCCUCACUGCAGCUGGUGGCGAGGGUACCGCUGCUGCCGCCGCCGCAUCCCAGCCACUCCCCUGCUGCUGCGGGUAUGCACGGCUGCUGCUGCAUGUCGCUGCCGCAGAGCCGCUCAGAGCCGCACUGCCCGCGGGGGCAGUCCGCGCUGCUGGCAUGCAUGCUGCAGGGAGGGACACUGCCGGCGGGGAUGGGAGCAGGUGCCGGCGCGGGUGCAGCAGGGAAUAACGGUGGCGAGGUGGUGCUCCUGAUGCGGUUGACGGCUGUACAGCAGCAGCAGCAGUGGGGCAACCAGAUGCCAUCAAAGCGGACUGAGGUGCAUGCAUGUCUGCUGCAGCUGCCUGAAGGACAGCAGGUGCUUGGGGCGGUCUUCUACCGCUCAGCUCAGCUGGCGCUGCUGCUGGGCCCAACGCCGCAGGAGCAGGGGCACAGGGGCAACGGUGUCGAAGGGAAAGAUGACAGCGGGGGGCUGAAAGGGUCAGGUUCUGGAGUUGAUGCAGUGCGGGCCGCGGUGGUGGCGUGCCAUGAGGGCUCCUGUCCCAUGGGCGGGGUUCUGGCGCUCCUGCCCACCGCCCAGCUGGAGAUGUGCACUGUGGAUGAGGCGGAGGUGCAGGCGUUCAGCAUCGCACAGGUGUGUGCUGAUCGCGGUGCUAUCACGUUCUGGCCGGUUCCCGGAUGCCGCCUGCGCCGACCCCCUCGAGGCAGCGGCUGUUGGCAGGCGCCGCUGCUGGUGAGCGGGCCACGGGGGCUGGCGGCAGCCUUCACGGAAGGAUCUCGGGCAUUCAUGAUUGAUUUGGAGGAG